CUGGGAAACCAGACAAGCAGUAAAAGAUGAAUGGAAGUUGGUGACAGAGGAAGAGAUUAAUCUUACCAGAGGACCCUCAGGGCUGGGCUUCAACAUCGUCGGUGGGACAGAUCAGCAGUAUAUCUCCAAUGACAGUGGCAUCUACGUCAGCCGCAUCAAAGAGAAUGGGGCUGCGGCCCUGGAUGGGCGGCUCCAGGAGGGUGAUAAGAUCCUUUCGGUAAAUGGCCAAGACCUAAAGAAUCUGCUACACCAGGAUGCUGUAGACCUCUUUCGUAAUGCAGGCUAUGCCGUGUCCCUGAGAGUGCAGCACAGGUUACAGGUGCAGAAUGGGCCUAUCGGACAUCGAGGUGAAGGAGAGCCAAGUGGUAUUCCCAUAGCUAUGGUCCUGGUGCCAGUUUUUGCCCUCAGCAUGGUAGCAGCUUGGGUCUUCAUGAGAUACCGGCAACAAUUUUGAAAAGCUUGCUUUUCCUCUAGUGCGCCCAGUGGAGAUACAUUUCUUCCUUUCUCUCACUUUCCUCCCCUGCCAUUUCCCAUAUCUUUCCCCCUCUCUGCGUAGGUAACACAUGAUUUAAAGAGACUGCUUCCCAGCCAGAACCUUGCUCUUCAAAGUCUCCAAGUCUUCGUAUUCUUAUGGGAGAGUAAAGGCAUUGUUUGAAGGAAAGCUGAAGAAAAGAUUCAGCACAAAUGACGAGUUACAUAUCUUACUAUGACUGCCAAUAGAAAUUCAGCUACAACCCAAAGAGGGAAAGGUCCAGUCUUCCCAUCACCUUGGGUGAUACCUAUUUCUUAGCUGGCAUACCUCAAAGGCCAGCUGUGUAAUAUAAGAGGAAGAGAGGAUUUUUCUUUUUAAUGAUCUUCCUUGGGAAGUUUUCGUGGCCUUUAUUUACUUUCUGACUACAUACUUGGGUGCCUAUAUCAAACAAAAGAUAAUGAAGAGAGCAUUUUCAUGUUUUAAAACACACACACACACACAUACAUAUGUACGUUUAUAUGCAUAUAUGAUAGUAUAAUAGUAAUGCCAUAUGGAGAAUUAAAGAGGUAGGAAGCUACUCUGGUUUCUAGGUUUCCGAUGUAAGCAAUGAUCUUAAUUGAAGAAUUUCAUAUACAGUGGGAGUGAGAGAGUGAGUCUUAUGGGACACCCAAUCUAAAUAAUUUUUUAAAAAAAGAAAAGGAAAAAACUGAAGCAACUAAUUGAAAAUCUUAGAAAUCUUAUUUCUUUUCAAAAUAACUAAGGUGAAAUUGAGGUAAAAAUGCCAUAAUCCUGCUUUGCGCAAGUCAAUCUGUUCGAAAACAGAUUUUAAGAUAAAUUUUACCACUCUCUGGUCUACCUUAGUGACUUUUUUGAUACCUCAUAGUCCUGUUAAAGGAUCAGCUGGAAUGAUUGUGGUCAGAGCUGUAGUGAUGGGGCCAAACCAACCCAGUGGAAGAAAAACUCAAAAGAAAAAGGAUAGUGCCUCCAAGGUGGCACCUGAGCCCUUUCAGACUAUCCACCAGUCUUUUUGGUUUCUAGUAACAGGCAAAAUUUACGAGAAGGAACUGCUUCCUGUCACAAUGGGCAGGAAACAGCUUUGUUUUUGAUUCAGUUAAGUUUAGAGAGUUUGGAUUGCUAGUCUUUUAGAAAGCCUCUACACACUGGUUAUGGCUUUUAGUGAAUAAACCAUUUUGCAGGGAUGGGGAAAAAAAGAGUUUCGUUUUUUCAGGGGGUAAGGAAGUCUGGUGGAUGUUUCUUAGGGAAACCUUGAGAAAAGGAUAUAAGUGAAUAGAUGCUAGGGAAUACUAAGGUUAUUAAUGAGGUAAGAACCAUCAUGUUCAUGUGGUAUUGAAGGUUGAUUUUAAAGCACUAAAGAGGACUAAACCAAGGCUAAUUUUCUGGCUUUAAGAAAAUCAUUAAAAAAAAAAAAAAAUCAUUUCCAUCCUACAAAGAUACUGAUUAGACUAUAGGCCUUAUAUAAUCUUGACAGCAAGAGUGCGAGCAUUUUCCCUCAGGCAACCAGUUGUGUCUGAUUUUUAGCAUGGAUGAUCUAGUAUUUUACAAAUGUUGAUUGGACAUCAGCUUUGUUAAGAUACUUUUACAAAGAAGUGAAACACGUAUAGCCUUCACCCCAAAGGGUUUUUUUGGGGGGAGUUCCAGUUGGGAAGAGAACACCUAUACGUAUAAAAAUGGAAUUAGCUAUAUAGGCAGGGCAAUGUAAGUUGGUGUCGAAUUUAUAUUGCAGACAGCAAAAGGGAACACAAACAGUUACUGAGAAUUGAGACAAUUGAGAAAGUUCCAUGGAAGAAGGGGACAAGUUAAGGACUCUUGAGCUCACAGUGUAGUUAGGAGAAUUCAUAAAUAAGUUAAAAGUAUAUGAUCAGGUUAGGUAAAAGCUGAAAACAAAAAUAAAUGAAACUAUUGAGAACACGAUGCAGUAACAAAGAUGUGCAGACAACCAUCACUUUCUUUUAGGAAUUCAGAAAAAGAAAGCUGUUACAUAAUGACUUGAGGCCAGAGUGUAAAGGGAAGCCUUUUAAAAAUAAAAACCCCAGUAAGAUCUUGCCUCUGGGUUAACUAUUCAUAUAGGGAGAAAUUUGCUUUGAACAAUCCCGAUGUGAUUUAGGCCGCACCUUUGAGACUCACUUAGACAAUUGCACUUGUAGGUUUCACAGAGAAACACUGACAAGUAUUCCAGUUCUCACUUCAACCCACCCCACUUUGAAGACACAACCUCUGAUGCCUUCCCUGUAUCUGGAGGAAUGCGCGACAGCUUCUGCAGUGGGCCUGCUUCCUCCCAGGAUUCAUCUCAGGGCUGGGCUGGACAUUAAUACCUGAGAGGACCCGAGACAUACAAAGUGAAACAAAACAGCAAACAGGAAGGAAAGCGAGUUUAUUUGUAGGUAUGUGUACACUAAAAGAACACCCAUCCCAUCGUUGGUGGGAGCUUUGCUUUGGUUGAUAAUAGGAAUUCUGAUGCACUUUAAUAAUUUAGGUUUUCUUUGUAAUUAAAUAGCAUUUAAAGAUCCAUAUACCAAAGUUUUAGGCAGAUACGCUAUUCAAUUAUUUCUGUUUCUGUAGAAGACUUUGAUAAGGUAUCAGAGUCCAUUAUAGAUCAUUUAAAAAUUCAUGCUCUUUAUAAAUUCAAUCUAAUGUUGCUGUCACUUUAUAGGUUGUAUCUAAUAUUCCUACCACCUGAAUUACUAUGUUCAAAAAUUUUUUAAAUGAAAGUAUUUUUAAGACCAUAUUCUUAAAACACUUCUCUACGUUUAUCAUCGUGUAUUAUACAUUUAAUUCUAAAAAGACAUUGUUUGCUUCAAUUCUCUUUUCUUGCCAAGUUUUAAUCUGUGCUAUUGAUUUAACUUAAUCACACCAUCUAGCCACAUAAUGGAAAAGAGAAAUUAACAUUUGUUACUGCAUUCUGUGCCAGGUACUGUACUAAACCUUAAUUGGUAACACUAUUUGUUCAUGCUUCACAACUCUGAGAUCUAAGUAUUGUUAUAAAGACACUAAAGAAAAGAGAAUAAAAUUAUUUUCCUAAGAUUGCAUAGGUGGUAAUAAUAGAAUCAGGAUUUAAACUCAGGACUUCACAUGUACCCAUCAAUGUUAUUUCCUCAUUGCCAGUGGUUCUCAAAGUGAGGUCUCUGGACAAAAGCAUCAGCAUUACCUGAGAACUUGCUAGAAAAGCAAAUUCUUGGGCUUUACCCCAGGCCUACUGAAUCAAAUUUGAAUAGGGCACCCAACAAUCUGUGUCUUAAUAAUCCCUCCAGGUGACUGAUUGAGCUAAAGUUUGAGAAUCACUGCUCUAUGCCAAUAAUUGUCUCCUUUUUCUCUGGUUGGAAUUACCCAGGGUGCUUAUAAAAAUUCUGAUGCCCAGUCUGUGCCUAGAUUAAUUUAAUACAGUUUCUGGCGGGUAAGACUCAGGCACCAAUAAAAUAAAGUUCGUCAGGUGAUUCCAGUGUGCAGUGUCAGUAAAAAAUGCUCUAUGGCAUUUAAACCUAGACGCUAUUUAAGUUACAUACAGGCAUUGCUCCAGCCAAGAAUGAGAAUUUCACUUCGGACUUCUUUGAGCCCAGCUCUCCAUAAGUUUCUGCCCCAAGAACAGAUGUAGAAUAAGAAGUGGAACAUUCUUUGGCCUCUGAUUUGCUAAGGACUGACCAACUUCCAGCAAAAUGUAUUAGUGAGUGUUGCAGGUUAUGCAUCUGUUAAAUUGGAACCAAAUUGUAGGAUGUUGGAGCAAAAAGGGAAGCAGAAAGAUUCUAGGAUGAAAACAUCAUCCUAGAAAUGAGAAAAUCAAGGCUCAGAGAGGUGAGCUAAUAGCCCAGUUUAAAGAGUUUGUUGCAGAGACGGUCUUUCUGUCUCAUAUUUACGUCUGUGAAUGUAUACACUACAUGAACAUAUGUGAAACUAUUUCUUUUAUCUCAAUCCACUUCCAUCUUCUCUCUUUGGACCAUAAUAAGUAAAGACCAGAAACACUGAUUGACAAUUUAAGGGUAUUUCAAGCAUCGUGCAAAAUUAGGGGAUGCCACAGAAUAAUAAUCUGAGAAAGACCUAACAUCAAGUUCAAUUAAAUGAGCUUUCCUGAGAUUACUUCCAAUAGUUGUAGAGAAGUAUGUUAUUUGAUGUUGGACAUUGUUUUUAUUGUGUAAAUAAGCAACUUAAGGUAUAUUUAAAGAAAUGGAACAACAUAAGGAACUUAAGCUGUCAAGUAUGUAAGGGAGUGGAGUUUAUAUAAUUUCAAAUGGAGCCAAUAAAGAUUUUAUUCUAGUCAACUUUUGUCAAAAUUUAUCUUUGGACAGGCAAGGGUUUUUUCUUCAAAAAAUGAGUGUCUACUAGAUGCUAGGUAUUGAAGAUACAAAGAUAAAUAAGAUACAACUACUGUAAAUUUAAAUAGCUCAUUAUCAGAAAGUGGCAGAGUAUUUGUUGGUGAUCUUGAUGUUAAAGUACUUUUCUAACAUCACCUAGAAAUAGAAGAUUGAGUUAUGAAGCACUCUCCCUCACCUAUAAUAAGUUUAGAGUUGGUUACUAAUCUUGGGGUAAGCCCCUUUGCUAUUUCUCUUAUCUGCAAAUCUUUGAGACCAGCACUCACAUUCAAAAGGGCGAUUGUGAUCAAAAGGAAGACAAUUUUAAGGAAUUCUUAUCAGAACCAGGUUCUUAAUUGCCAUAUACUCUCUCCUGAUGUUGAUAUUUAUAUAUAGACAAAGCACUUGAGCUGCUUACUUGUUGCACUUAAUGAUACUGUAAUAACAUUAUAAGAAAGCAUGGCUGUGUCUAAACCAAAUUGUAGCAAACACUAUGUCUUGUUUCUAAAUGUCCUUCACUGUUCAUGUUCUCCUUUUCGCACAGGGGAAAGGGAGAGAGUGAAGUAUGUUUUUAAAUGCAAGUCACUAUCAAUUACAAAAGAACUUUGUAUUUACUAUAAUUAAAUUUGUUGAUCAGUCACAGGAACUGGGAUGAUCCUUAUUUUGCAGAUUUGCAAAUGGAAUCACAGAAUUGAAUCCCACUUUAAUUCUGUCUUUGCAGUUCUGAUUUGAAUAUGAAUUUUUAUUCCUGGAUAUAUGUGCAUUUUACCCCCAGACCAUGUUAGUUUUUAUAAGCUUAUUUUCCUUAUGUACCUUAUUUUAUUUUGCUUCCUUUUUGCUUUGAUUCUAAACAGCCUGGAUUUUAACAGCAUUCAGUUUCUCGGGUCAAAUAGAUGCCCUAUAGCAACUUGGAAGAUACAUGGGCAUAAAACUGUAUCCUGUAGGGAAUAUCACUACAGAUUAAAUAUGUUAAUGAGACCAUCAAAGUAGAUGACCGUCUCCUAAGGUUUUCUAUUUGAUACCACAUACAGCAAAUGAGAUAACAGUGUAUCUCACGGUUCCAAGCUCAGUAUUGGCGUUGAAUAAAAACUUGUUGCAUUUGUCAAUGAA